GAUGCACCCUCUUCCCCGAGGACUCCAUCUCUUUCGCUCACAUAGUGAUUACAAGAGCUUGUGGCAUCGCCAUGUCCAUUUGAAACAUGCGCUUGAUCAAUACCACAACUUUUGAACUCGCCGAGUUCGUUAAUAAUCCCCCCGCCCUACGCCAUCCUGUCGCACACAUGGGGCGAAGACGAGGUCACCUUCCAAGAUAUGUCGCACCUGGACGCAGCACGCAAGAAAAAGGGCUUUUCCAAGAUUGAGGGGUGCUGCCGUCAGGCGGUCCUCGAUUGAUGGGAAUGGGCCUGGGUCGACACAUGGUGCAUUGACAAGACAUCAAGCGCUGAGCUCUCAGAAACCAUCAACUCCAUGUUCGGAUACUAUCAGCACGCUUUGAGGUGCUACGCCUUCCUCAGUGAUGUCAGUGCCCGCAAGGGACGCUACACGUUGGUCGCCCUGGAGGAGGACCUUGCUCUAGAACCCGGCUGGCGCGAUGACUCCUACCUCAGAAUCAAGUCCCUAUUAUUUGGAUCUCGCUGGUGGACCCGCGGGUGGACGUUGCAGGAGCUGAUCGCGCCUUCUAACGUCCAGUUCUAUAACCACAACUGGGAGUACUUGACUGACAAGCUAGGUCCGUAUAAGGAGUACAUAAGUCAUUUCUGCGGCAUAUCUAUAGGCGUCUUGGGCCACUUUUCCCCGUUGUCUUCGGUCUGCGCCGGCCAAAAAAUGUUUUGGGCUGCAGGACGCUCCACCACACAGGAAGAAGAUAUGGCGUAUUGCUUACUGGGUAUCUUCGACGUCAACAUGCCGUUGCUUUACGGCGAGGGAAGGAAAGCAUUUGUUCGCCUCCAGGAGCACAUUAUCGCCGCCGACGAGGACUGCACCCUACUGUUAACGGGUCAGCCGCGUCAGUCCCCUUCGGACUGGUACAGCCCAACAUGUUGCGAUGAGUCCGAUAGAAAUCGAGACUCAGAGCGUAUGUCCGAUACACGCACCUUCUGGUCCACAAUGCGACGCCUCUACGCAGUAUCCUAGCGGAAUCCCCGGAUGAUUUCAAAUACUUUCGUAGCCUUUCCACGUACAUGGACUUACGGCAUAGAUCAAUGCCCUAUACCGUCUUUGGCGAGCCUCCCCAGAUCACCAGCCGCGGACUGCGCACUUCGCUCUUCAUCACGGAGCUCACCGAGCAAGACUUAUCAGGCUCCUCGGCGCUUGCGAGCGAGCUCGACG